AGGGCAAAGAUGUAAUUUUGCUAUCUGCAACCAAAUCGUUGCAGAGGUUGGUUUUCCUCACAUAUUGCGUGUUGCUCCACCUGUCCUCUCUCUGUGUGUGAAAUGCGUGUUGAUUUUUCUUCUUUGAUCUCUCUCCAUCUCUCUCUCUCUCUAUAGAGAUUUCCAUUCUUGAACAUUUCGCUCACCUUUCUCCAUCGUCGGCGACAUGUCUUGGUACCGAAGAACUAAGCUCUUCCUCGUCAACUCCAGGAGAAACACCAUAACUCCGAGGAUUUCGCCGGUUUCUCCGUCUUCCACCGCUUUCUCGAUAAUUCAUCGGCAGGGGUCUUCGAAUCUAUCAGCUAAGUUUUCUGGGUUCUCCAUUUCUUGCCGCAGAUCAGGUUUAAGCUUGUGUAACUCUCUUGGGAAUACGAACAUCAACGCCUCUAACCGGUUUCUGAGCAUUUCCAAGAAGCUUGACCGUGUUGGUCCUUUCAAGCCACCAGAACCGAGAGGGUGGUUCCAAAACCCAGUGGCCGUAUUGGCGGUGGUGUUUGCGGGUUCAUGGGUUUUGGUCACCGUUUGCGAUCUAGAAACUGUUCCUUACACGAAACGGAGGCAUUUCGUUAUUUGGUCGAAAUCGAUUGAGAAAUGGUUUGGUGAAACUAGCUUUCAGAUGUUAAAGUUCAGGUGCAAGUGGAAAAUACUCCCUGCGGAUCGUCCUGAGAGCAUUAGGGUUAAAUCGAUCGUGAAGGAUAUCAUCGAAGGGAUGCAGAGAAGUUUGAGCCUGGAGAGUGUGCGGUAUGCGUCCAUGGAUGGUAGCUCUACGGAAAAUGACGGAUCAGUUAAGGAUGCGGCGAUGGGACUGAGCGAGAACUUUGGCAAAGGGACAAUGAGUGGGAUGAAGGGGUCUGAAGAUGACAUAUGGAUUCAGCAAAGCAGGAAGAAGAGUAAAGAGAAAGGAUCACAACCCAUGAUUUCUCACCUGGAGGGGUUGAAUUGGGAAGUUCUCGUGGUUAAGGGCCCAGCCGCAACAGCAUAUUGCUAUUCUUCUGGGAAGAUAGUGGUAUACACUGGUCUGCUCGAACAUCUCAGGACAGAUGCAGAGAUUGCCACUGUGAUCGGGCAUGAGAUCGGAAGUCUGGUUGCCCGACACAUGGCAGAGGAAACUUCUAAGUUUUGCCUCACGUUCCCCUUUCUGGUUCUCUGUAUGGUCUUUACAGGUCCUUUACUAGCGUUCUUAAUGUCGCUCCAGCUCACCGUUUACUCCAUACUUCUCAUGGAGGAGCUCAUCGAAGAAGCAGACAACAUAGGUUUGAUCCUGCAGGCCAUAGCAGGGUACGAUCCACGAGCAGCUCCUGGAGCGUACGAGAAGCUGGGGAGGCUUGAGUAUGACUCUUCACGGGUAUCGCCCUACGCGAAGCCCAUAAACCUUGAGGCAAACGCCGUCAAGAGGGCUCAGAGGUUGGUUCAUUCAAAGACCAUGGAAGAAGCACUCUCGAUUUACCAGAGACAAGCUCAAUCUGGAUUUGGGGGUGUAGGGGUGUAAAAGGAAAGAACAUGUUCAGUGCUAACCCCAAACUGCUCACAAAAACUUCUAUCUCUUGUAGUGAAAGCAAACAAUAUUGCAACAAUACUUGAUUUA